AUGCAUAAUGAGAAAAAGAAGCCGACAAUUGAUUAUUUGACGCUUCUCAAACAGCAAUUCAAUGCGUUGCAGGUCGAGCACGUCGAGCUGCGAAAAAAGUACGAGACGGUGACGGCGUCGGCGUCGCCGCUGACGACGUCCGAUUCGUUUCCGUCGCGACUUCUCGAAUUGACGCGAACGCUCGUCGAUUCGUAUUGCUGCAACGAUUAUCUGAAUCGCUUUUUCGAUUCGAAGCUCAAUCCGACGCCAAUCGUGUUCUACGCGUAUCAAGGCAAUUACACAGCCACCAUUCGCUAUCGAUAUGAAUUCAAAAAUCGGAGGCUUCGAUUCAGAAAACGAACAAAUGGAUAUGAUUCGUAUGAAUUUAAUGCAUAA